UAGCCCCGCCUCUGUGCCAGUUCCAGCUAUGGCGGCCAUGAGCCUGCUGCUGCGGGCAGCAGCUGUGUGGGGAGCUCGGCGGGCGGUGAGCGGAGCAGCGGUCGGUACUCGCCUCCCCUGCCUCACCGGGAUCGCCCGCCUGCCCGGCAGCCUCGCUCCUGUACGACAUAGCAGUGGCCAUGGGAAGAGAAUGUUUAUUAUCAAGGCAACAAGUUUUUAUGACAAGCGCUUCCUGAGCUUGUUGAGAUUCUAUGUAUUUUUGACAGGAAUACCAGUGGCAUUAUUCAUAACAUAUGUCAACAUCUUCAUCGGUGAAGCUGAACUUGCAGAGAUUCCUGAAGGUUACGUUCCAGAGUACUGGGAAUACUACCAACACCCUAUAACUCGAUGGAUAGCUCGUUACUUGCUUGACCCCCCUGAAAAGGACUAUGAGAAAGAGAUGGCUAUGCUUGAUGUUGAAUCAAGGAAAACUGAACUGAGGCUGAAGGAGCUGGAAGCACGCAGACUGAUGAGACACAGGGGAGAUGGACCUUGGUAUCAUUAUGAAACGCCGGAUAAAAACCUUGUUGACAACUCUAUGAAAGCCACACCUGACAAUUAAGCAGUUUUACGACAGUAUGCAUGAUCUUAAAUGCAUCCUGACAAGUUGUGGCUGAGCUAUGUGAUAUACAUCCUGCUAUUUAGUGAUGGAAAUUAAUAAAAAUAAACCAUGUUU